ACCGUACGUGAUUGAAGGGAUGCGAUCAAUGCAAUCAAUGGAUUUAAUGUCCGAUAUCGAUAUCGGUUGACAGUUAGAUCAUUGACAAAAUGUAUAAAUAUUGCCUUAGAUGCAGAAAGGGAGUUAAAUGAAGCUAAUGGAGAUAUUGCAACUGCAAUUUCAGGUUGGAUUUAAACGAAACCUCUUGCAUAAAGUGUGUACUGAUAAUUUUUGUGGAUAUAAAGUAUUCGUUUUCUAUGUAUAAAAAUAUUCUGUCAGAUAAUAGUGACACUACUACAAAUCUUACAAAAUCCAUGGAAUGUGUCCACCUAACCCAGGACUGAGUAGGACACUAUAAAACAUGGUGGGAGGAUGUCCUGAUGCCGGACCUACACGAACGAGGCACAAAUGUGUGCCUGGGAAAAUCAAACAUAAUUCCGUUAGUCCGAAUAGUGAGGUCAAACGAAGAGAUUACGACGCAAAAGAAUUCAACGAUUAUUUAAACAAAACCGGAGUUCACUACUACAUUCGUCACGUGUUAACGUUUGCUUCGAUUUUUGGAAUUUUUCCGGUCAGCGGCAUUUAUCAACGAGACGUUUACAAACUGAAAUUCCACUGGUAUUCUCCGGUGGCCAUUUACUCAGUCCUUCUGCUCUGCGGUUUCGCGUCUAUAGAGAUAUUCUCGUUGGACUACACUAUAAGAAACUUGAAUCAAGACAACCUUACGGCAAAAGGUGGCAUAAAGAAAGCUACGUCGGGAAGUAUAUUUUACGGUAAUGCUUGUUGUGCCAUGUGGAUGUUCAUAAAACUAGCCAAGAAAUGGCCAAAGCUGAUGCAAGACUGGCGAUCGGUAGAGGUGUCCAUGAGAAAAUUCGGCGCCCCAAGACUCGGAUGGAAAUCCACCACCCUGGCUGUUGUGUUGUUAGUGUUCGCGUUCACUGAACACGGCCUACACAAUUGGUUGAACACGAGGCCCGGUGGAAAGGACGACAUAGCUGCUAUGUCGCUGAUCGACAACGAUUUCAAUACGAGUUUUAUACUUAUCGAUCAAUCUGCGACGUUGACGGGGUAUUUAGAACGAUUCUCUCUGAAGACGCAUUGGUACCUGUAUGACGACUACGAGAGUUACAAUCCAAUGAAAGGAUUUCUGGUCAUGUGGCUGAGCUUGACAGCAACAUUUCUCUGGAAUUUUACUGAUCUUUUCAUCAUGCUGGUUAGUUCAGCUUUGGCGGCUCAGUUUAAGAAACUAACCAAAGCCAUGCAUAGAGUCAGAGGUCAGAUGCUGACAAUGUCCCAGUGGCGAGAAUACCGAGAGACGUACACGUCCCUAACUCACUUGGUGAAAAAAAUCGACGAUCACAUAAACGUAAUUGUGGCGUUGUCGAUAGGCAGUAACAUUUAUUUCAUUUGUGCACAAUUGAUCACGGAAAUUGAUUCAAUCAAGCACAGCUACUUUAGAACAUUGUUCUACAUGUACUCGUUUUUGUUUUUGGUAUUUCGAACAACUGCAGUCGUUAUGCAAGCUUCCGCGAUCAACGACGAGAGCAAGAAAAUUGUUCCAGAAAUCUUUAUGUGCCCAACACACAGUUAUAGUAUAGAAACACAAAGGUUUUUACAAGAAGUCACAUCGGAUUAUGUUGCUUUAACUGGACUAAAAAUGUUUUCAAUUACAAGGAACUUUCUUUUAGGAGUUGCGGGAGCAAUUUUAACUUAUGAAAUUGUGUUAAUACAACUCCAAAAUACAAAUUAAUUAAUUAUUGGAUAGUAUUAUAAAAUGUUUUCUUUUAUAUCUUUAAAAUAUCUAUCCUUAAA